AUGAGGAGGAUACGUAAGAGUAGUACUGUAGGUGAUGAUAAAACUGCUGGCAAGGGAGCCUCUACUAGUCAAGAACGCAAUGAGAUUUCUGAUUAUCUUGAUCAUGAGAUUGUUCAACUCACAAAGCUUAAGUCACGGCCUCACAAACUUUUGAGCAGGGACGUUCCUGGCAGGUUGAGGCUGCCCGUCUCAACUAUGAGAAUGUUGGUUGGUCGAGAGGGUAAUUAUUCCGGAAGAGGGAGAUUCUCAUCCGCAGAUAAUUGUCAUGUUUUAAGUCGAUAUUUGCCUGUACAUGGUCCUUGCACGGUGGACCAGUUGGAUAGUCGGACUUAUGUCUCUCAGUUUUCAGCUGAUGGUACUCUUUUCAUCGCGGGAUGUCAGGGAAGCCACAUUAGGAUAUAUAAUGUGGAUAAGGGAUGGAAAGUUCAGAAGGACAUAUUAGCCAAAAGUUUAAGAUGGACGAUUACUGAUACGUGUCUUUCUCCCAAUCAACGCUAUCUUGUGUAUGCUAGCUUGUCUCCUGUUGUCCAUAUUGUGAAUAUUGCAUCUGCUGCCUCAGAGUCACUGGCAAAUGUAACGGAAAUUCAUAAUGGUUUGGAUUUUUCUGGAAACGAUGAUGAUUUUGAUGAAUUUGGGAUCUUCUCCGUUAAGUUUUCAACUGAUGGGCGAGAGCUUGUAGCUGCAAGUAGUGAUAAUUCAAUAUAUAUUUAUGAUCUUGAAGCAAAUAACUGCAGCCUCCGAGUUCGUGCACAUAAGGGGCUAUGGGGAAGAAUCGGAAUGAGGGAUAGCUGGAAGAAUCCUUGGUUAGAAUGGGAUUUGAACUCAGCACCUUUUGAGAUUUUGCGAAGAGUGGCUCUUUGGAGAGCACAGUACGAUGAAAGUUGUAAGCUCUGGGGGUCCGAUGUUAACACAGUAUGUUUUGCGGAUGAAGCUGGCCAUCUCCUGUAUUCUGGAAGUGAUGAUAACCUCUGUAAGGUGUGGGAUAGGCGUUGCUUUAUCUCAAAUGGAAAAGCAGCAGGGGUCUUGAUGGGACAUCUAGAAGGCAUUACGUUCAUAGACAGCCGUGGAGAUGGGCGUUAUUUUAUUUCUAAUGGAAAGGAUCAGACUACCAAACUAUGGGAUAUCCGAAAGAUGUCCUCUAAUGCCAAAGACACUCAAAGGCUUAGAAAUUCUGACUGGGAUUACAGAUGGAUGGAAUACCCACCCCGUGCCAAAACCUUGACACAUCCUCGUGAUCAGUCAUUGACCACUUACAGAGGUCAUUCAAUCUUGCGCACUCUGAUUCGCUGUUACUUCUCUCCAGAUUAUAGGCUUGAUGUUGGUCAAAGGAUUGACCCAGGCACCGGCCAGAAGUACAUCUAUACUGGAUCCAGUGAUUGUUCUGUUUAUAUUUAUGAUCUGGUGAGUGGAGCAGUAGUUGCAACACUCGAUCAUCAUGAAGGUCUUGUAAGAGAUUGCAGUUGGCAUCCUUUGUACCCUAUGAUGAUCAGCUCUUCAUGGGAUGGUGUCAUUGCCAGAUGGGAAUUUCCUGGCGCUGGUGAAGCACCUGCUCCGGUGAGACAGAGGUCAAGUCAGAGGCGGCUUCUCUAG